AUAUGUUAAUAUAUUAAUAUAUCAUGUGAUCAAAGUUUAGUGUGGUGAUGGGUUUGCAGGGGAAAAUGAAUGCAUUUUCACAAGUUCCACCAGGCUUUCGCUUCCAUCCCACUGAUGAAGAACUUGUGGCCUAUUACCUGAGGAAGAAAAUUACAUCAAGAAGGAUUGACCUAGAUGUAAUUAGAGAUGUUGAUCUCUAUAAAAUUGAGCCAUGGGAUCUUCAAGAGCUAUGCAGAAUAGGGACAGAAGAGCAAAAUGAAUGGUAUUUCUUUAGUCAUAAGGAUAAGAAGUAUCCAACUGGAACUCGCACAAAUAGAGCCACUGCAGCUGGGUUUUGGAAAGCAACCGGUAGAGACAAGGCUAUUUACUCUAAGCAUGACUUGAUUGGCAUGAGGAAGACCUUAGUGUUUUAUAAAGGUCGAGCCCCAAAUGGACAAAAGUCAGACUGGAUCAUGCAUGAGUAUCGCCUAGAAACAGACGAAAACGGGACUCCGCAGGAAGAAGGAUGGGUUGUGUGUAGGGUAUUCAAGAAGAGAAUACCAGCUAUUAGCAAAGUCAGUCAGUAUGAGUCUCCUUGUUGGUACGAUGACCAAGUCUCUUUCACUCCAGAUCUUGCUUCACCAAUGCAAAAUAUGGCUUACCACCACCUUCCCUAUUCCUGCAAGAAAGAGCUUGAUUUGCAGUACCAAGCCCCAAAUGAGCAUUACCUCCAGCUACCACUUCUAGACAGCCCAAAACUACUCCACCCACCCGUCGAAGCAUUUGGCCUAGACAUCAACAAUGCAAGCACUCUACAGGAAACUCAUGAGCAACACUUGCAGACACUCUAUGCUAACACCAAUAACGAGCAUGCGGCGGAUCAAGUCACUGAUUGGCGCAUCCUUGACAAGUUUGUGGCUUCUCAACUCAGUCAAGAAGAAGUUGCCAAGCAAAAUAACUAUUCAAGUGCUUCAGCUAAGAAUGUCUUCCACUCGUCGCAGCACGCAAAUUUGCUCAUCAGACAUUUAAACAAACAAGAAAUGGCACCGGAGAAUGCAUCAACAUCCAAUCGUCACACUGAUCUGUGGAAGUGACUGGUCCUUUAAUUAUUUGACAGUAUAUAUUACUAAUCAUAGCAUAUUCAGUUUCAAAGGGAAAAAGGAAAAAGGGGAAGGGAAGGGAAGUUAUUAUUUAAUUUUCUGUACAUAUCAAAACUGUAUAACAAUUGCUAGCUCUUCCCUUCCCUGGUGGUAUUAAAUUAAUAACAUGAUUAGUCAGGGGGAAAAAGUUGUUUCUAUCAAGAAGAAAAAUUGGUAUAGGUAGCAAGACGGAGUAUUACAGUGAGGAAUGAGUUGUUUAAUUAUGGCCUAUGGAUUAAGUAUAUAACAGCCCCAGACACAUAUAUUAUUGUUUAUUGAUCGACCCGACAGGUGAUAAGAUAUUUAUACUUGUCAAUGAAUAGUAGCGUUAAUCAGAAAAA